CAUACUUGCACAUAACCAAACCUUCAUCCACUUUAUACCAACUACCACUAUGAGCUCAACUAAAACAAUGUUUCUGUUUUUUUCCCUUCUCUUUACCCUGUACUUCACUUCCACCUUCACCAAUGCAGCCACAUUUGAUAUCACAAACCGAUGUCCCUACACCGUCUGGGCAGCUGCCUCCCCCGGUGGAGGCAGGCGACUCGACCAAGGCCAGACCUGGAACAUCAAUGUGAACCCUGGCACGACCCAGGCUCGUAUUUGGGGCCGAACCAAUUGCAACUUUGAUGCUAAUGGCCAAGGCAAAUGCGAUACCGGUGACUGUGGUCGCCUUGAAUGCCAAGGCUAUGGCUCACCCCCAAACACCUUAGCUGAAUUUGCCUUAAACCAACCUAACAACUUGGACUAUGUCGACAUUUCUCUUGUUGAUGGUUUCAAUAUUCCGAUGGAGUUCAGCCCCACCACCAAUGUGUGCCGUAACCUCAGAUGCACCGCUCCGAUCAACGACCAGUGUCCGGCUGAAUUACGGGCUCCCGGUGGCUGCAACAAUCCAUGCACAGUGUUCAAAACCAAUCAAUAUUGUUGCACUGAUGGGCCUGGGAGCUGUGGGCCUACUGAUUUCUCCAAGUUCUUCAAGGAGAGGUGCCCGGAUGCUUAUAGCUACCCUCAGGAUGAUCCAACAAGCUUGUUCACUUGCCCUGCUGGUACCAACUACAGGGUUGUGUUCUGCCCAUGAAGCUCUUUUCUUUCAUGGCUAUAUGAGAUAUUCUCAACGAGCUCUUUGUGAAUAUUCACAAAGGCAGUCUAAUAAACUGAUGCACAUGUAGUGAUGUGCACAUGAUCUGCUGCUAUACAUGCAGUUAUUUAGUUUUGUUAUAUGGUUUACAAGGAAAUAAAGAAUGAGAAAUUAAACCUAUUAGAUAGAAAUAUCGAAAGUGAUGCUUUGAUCAUAUUACCAUGGGUUUCUUUUAUUUUGGUUCACAUGUUAUGCUGGAUGAUGAUGGUAAUUUUUAAUAGGGU